CCUCCCCUCUCCCACCUUCCCCUCUGUUUUUCUCGCUCGCAUCCUUGCAACCACCGCACCCGUCCAAAAAGUGGUGCUAAAAUAUCUCUACGUGGUGUUGGAAAGAAAGAAAAUACUACUAGAUCCAGUGCCCGUUCCAUGUAAUCCCACCGAACCUGAUGAUCAUAAAUUGUUUUCAUCUGUGCCUUUAAACUUUAUAAACAAAACAACAACAACAACAACAACAACUAAGAGGGCAAAAAAGACAAGUCAGCUGCAUCGUCUUCGUUUCUUCGGGUCUCCCAUCUGACCAGUGUGAUAAAUUACGAGGUGUCCUCGAACGCCUCACAGCAGCAGUUGACUUGAAGAGAUGCGACUGCGACGCGGCUGGCUACGUGUUGUUUUUCCUUUCCUCUCCCUGUCUGCACAGCCACAAGAAGAGAGACAGCCAGCCAGCCAGCCAGCCAGCCAGCCAGCCAGCCAGCCAGCCAACCAGCCAGCCAGCCAGCCAGCCAGCCAGCCAGCCAGCCAGCCAGCCAGCCCAGACAUCAGCAGCGCUGGCCCACCACGUCUUUGCAUGUUCUCCAUGGACGCAAUGACUAAUUAGUGCCCCCUUAUUGAAGGAAUCGGAAAAUACCUUUUGGACGGACGGACGGACGGACGGACGCACGGACGGCGCGCGAGGAUUCUCUUGGCGUGUGGAAACGCGCGUCUCGACAUAUUUCCUGUUUUCCGUCCAGUCUGGAAACAACGCAUACACAUUUUGUUUGCUUUGGCGUUUUAUUUAUUAUUAUUAUUUUAAUUGCUGCGCUGGGAUUUGGUGUCCACCUGAAAAGCAAUUGUGGAGGCAGAUACCAAGGCAAUUCAACUCAGAGCCAAAAGAGUCAAAGAGAUGACCCUGGUCUUGUCCAUGAAUCCUUUCUCGGAGCCAGAGGGAGAACCUCCCUUCCCGACGUACCGACCCAUAUGGAAAACGGAGCGCUGCGGGAAGAGCAGCACGUGCCCGUCAAACGGUGCCUCGCCAGGCCACGCUCAACACCAACUCAAACCGGGCCACAAUGGUCCCUUUGGACGACUUCCCGACCAUGCGGCAAUGUCAAGAAUUGCAUACUUCAAGAGGAAGUUUGUCGACGAGGACCACGCUUCGUUCACUUUCAGGACGUACUGCCAGACUGUGGCCCCCGUUUUGGAGGAACGUGCCCACGUUCUGCGUCUCUCUCUGGAGAAGAUGCGCUUCAUCGAAGACCCCGAGGUUUUCCUGCGCCGCUCCGUCCUGGUCAACAACCUCCUCCGGCGUCUGCGAGCCGACAUCCUGCUCCAGAGCGCCGAAUGGUGCUUCUCUCCCAACCCGCUUUUAACGGGCGGCGUCUUAGCGCCGCCGCCCUCAACCCCCACGCAGCAGCAGCAGCAGCAGCAGCAGCAGCAGCAGCAGCAGCAGCAGCAGCAGCAGCAGCAGCAGCAGCAAGCACUCAACAGGUCGGCGGUAGCAACGCCAAUGUGCUUAGCGUCCCAAGCAGGCCCGCCCUUCCGUAAGCGCUUCCGAACGCACCGUGCGGGACAAGGGGACCUGGGCGACGGCUGCGCCCAGACUUGCUGCUGCAUCUACGCUGCGGCGGCGGCGGCGGCAGCUGCGGGACACUACCUUCACCUCCCUUUGUCCAUGUAUGAUGGGCAAGUGCCCGGGCCGCACUCCUCCUCUUCCUCCUCCUCCUCCUCCUUUCAAAUAGCCAGCCAUCCGAAGUUAGGACUGACUGUGGUCGAUGGGCCCGACGACGAUGACGAUGAAGAGGAAAUUGAUGAAGAGGAGGAGGAGGAGGAGCUGGGCGGAGGGAGACAAGCGGGACCUUCUAGCCAUUGGCUUCGACUUAGGUCAAGGCAGAAAAGCCGGACGAGGACCGCGCAGGCUCACGCUUGCGCUAGGACACGAGCAGACAGCUGCGUGACAGAGCAGGAGGAGGCGGAGCCAGAAGAGGAGGCGCAUGGCAGCCCACCUUGUGAGUGCUGAAGGAGAUCUUCACUCUUUGCAGCAAUGACAAUUUGCAAGUCUUGGGGACAGAAACUUAGAGCAGCUUUACCUGGAAUACCAAACUGAUGAAACGAAAAAAAGCUUCAGCUGUUUGGCAUUGCGUGCUUGAAUGAGAAGGGAUGGAAAGUCCAGUCUUGCUCUGUCUUAAGUUGAGCAGCUUGUGCUUGGAAUAGGAUGUAGCAUUGCAAAACUUGACUUGACUCUUUUUCAUCGUGCUGACUUGACAUUCUGUCCACUAUUUGGCUGCAAGAGCGAGAUGAGAGAAACAACCAUCAUGCAGAAGUGCCUUCAAGUUUUUACGUGUCUUCAUGUAAUUGUUCCAAAAAAGACUUGACACUGGCAUUUUGUUGAAUGCUGUGGCCUUUAGCAAAUGUGGCUGAGACUCUUACUAAAUAUACACUCCAAAUGCAUUUAAAAAAAAAUGAUUAGAGUGAUGAUGUGGAUGACUCAGCACUGACCAUACGCAAUCUUCAGCCGACCUUGAAGAACACUUGUUCUGGCUUACUUAAAGCCUAGUUUGUAUGUUUUUUUUUAACACACUUUUAAUACACACUUUGAUUAGCAUUCACGGCAUUACCAGCUUUUUCUUGCUACUUUGUUAGUCUGGGUGACAAAUCCAACUUUUUUGGUUCACUUCUGUUCAAGCAACAUAAAUAAUAGAUAUGAGGAAGAGCUCUUGCUUUCCAAAACAAUUCAAACUCCCAAUUAAUUUGACAGCUACUUUAGAUGUGUUUGUUACUUCCUCGCUCGCUCGCUCGCUCCCUCGCUACCUGCUUGCCUGCCUCUCAUCUACUGUUCAAACGACGACAACAACAACGACGACACACUAAUGACUGUUUUGGCAUGUGUGACUCUUACAAAUUGACGAGUGAUGUACCCCCCCCCCCCCCCUUCCACCCUGCCCUUUUUUUGCAUCAUCCAAAUCCUGUGCUUACCAGUGUUAUUUUUUCAAGGAACGAAUUGAACAAGUCUAUGUUUUUGAAGCCAAAACAAAACAAAAAAAGUGUAAGAGUCCAAGUACUCUCUUCUCCUCUACUAAAGAAAUGUUCUGUGAUAUGUGGCAAAAUCAGUAAAAAGUUGCGAAAAGCCAAA